ACGGACAGCCUCGUGCCAUGGCACCUGCUGGCACGGAGCCACUCCUGCUGCAGUGAGGCAGCAAGCAGGUGCUCCAGCCGCUGGAUGCCAGGUCUCCUCUCACCUCUGCCCUCUACUGGCCCAGACAAGCGUCCUUUGUGUUUUCCUGCCGGACACCGGGCUACCGGACUUUACUUACCUCAGUUUAUCCCCACCAAGUUGGUCUUUUUGAUUUUGCUUUUUGAAGUACUAGGGUUUGAACUCUGGGCCUCACGCACGUGUUCUGCCACUAAGCUAUAUCCUGGCCCUUUUUGAAAAUCUUACUUGAGACGAGGGCUCACUAACUUGCCCAGGCUGGCUUCCAAUUUGCUAUCCUCCUGCCGCAACAGCCUCCGGGCCAUACAGCGGGUAGGGCCGGGUUGGAUCCAGACUCCGCUGUCUACUUACUGUCUUCUCUGGACUUAAGUGGAGCUGCCAAAGUAAGCAAAUAAAAAAGACCACCCAGCUAAAUUCGAGUUUUAAGCAAACUGUUUUUCUGUAUAAAAUGUCCUAAAAUAUUCAGUUUAUUUGAAUUGUCCGUUUAACCUCGUGGUCCCGUAUUAGUUUUGGCCUUGGAACUCUGACCUUUCUGGAGCUGCAAAUACCUGAUUUUAAAACUGAUGGGAAUUUGGUCCCUCCGGCCCUGCUUGGGGCAGACAGCGGCGUAUUCCCGCGUUUCCCUUAUUUUUCCCAAACUUUCCGCCUAAGAACCUGGUCCGUCCAGCCCGACGCCAAACGGAAAGCCACGCCCACGCCUCGCGAGACCUUCGCGCCUACCCGGGAAAGCUCGCGGCCGGAAGUUGGGCACCGGAAGCAAGAGUUGCCAUGGAGCCCACAGAGGACUGGCUGGUGGAAUCCUUGCGCUUGUAUCAAGAUUUCCAUGCAUUUGACCUCUCAGCAGCCACUCGAGUCCUUGAAUGGAUUGGUGACAAAGGAGUCUUCAUUGCUGGCUAUGAAAGCCUGAAAAAAAAUGAAAUUCUUCAUCUAAUGCUACCUCCUAGACUUUCUGUAAAGGAAAACCAGGGCUUAUUUCCAGAAAGAGAUUUCACAGUGUGCCACGGGGGAUUCUCCGACAGAGCUGUCCUAGAGCUAAAGCAUGUGCCAGAUACCAGGUUGCUGGUGACCAGUGGCCUUCCGGGUUGUUACCUCCAGGUGUGGCAAGUCGAAGAAGACAGUGAUGUCAUUAAAGCCAUCAGCACCAUCGCCGUGCAGGAGAAAGCUGGGGGUCUGUGGCCUAGGCUAGCUGUCUUCUCCAUGGUACCUAGACUCCUUCACGGCGUGCAGCUCAGCAGUCUGCAGGUAGUCGAUCUGGAAUCCUGGAAAACCAUGUACAGCUCAGGCAUCACUGACAGUGAGGAGCUGAGCAACCUGCAGGUCCUCGAUUGCAACACCUUUGCAUUCUGCUGCACCUCAGGCCGCCUGGGGCUGGUCGAUACUCGCCAGUCAUGGGCACCGUUGGAGAACUCCAGCCAAGGCCCUGGGUCUGGUGGCCAGAGAUGGUGUGCAGAAGUAAGGAACAGGGGCCAGGGCCCUGGGCCUUGCUUUUCCAGCCUGGGUGCAGAUGGACAGCUCCGUCUCCUUGAUGCCCGAGAUCUCUGCCACCCUGUGAGUUCAGUCCAGUGCCCAGUGUCUACACCAAGCCCUGACCCAGAGCUGUUGCGAGUGACGUGGGCCCCAUGCCUGGACAACUGCCUGGCCAUUUCAGGCUUUGAUGGGACAGUCCAGGUCUAUGAUGUUUCGUCCUGGGAAGGAAUGGGGAGCCGAGUGGAGCCACUCUUCACCCACAGAGGUCACAUCUUCCUAGAUGAAAGCAAGGGGGACACUGCUCCACUGGUCACCACCCACACCUGGCACCCUUGCAAACCCAGGACUUUGUUAUCUGCAGCAAGUGAUGCCUCCUUGCAUGUGUGGGACUGGGUUGACCCUCGUGCCUCCUGCUGACACCAGGACUCUGAGGGGAAGGGUUGGCGCUGGGUGGCAGGGCCACUGGUACAGGUCCCUGUUGUCAGUUGUGUGACCUCAGGUGAGUCAGCCAGCCUCCCUCAGCCUCUCUUCCUAUCUGUAAACUAAGCAUGGUAUUGACUUCCACACAGGGUUGCUAAGAAGAUGCUUGUGGUGGCCCAGACCUGUAAUCCCGACCACUCGGGGCUGAGGCAGGAAGAUCACAAGUUUGAGGCCAGCCUGGGCAACCUAGUGACUUAGCAAGACCUUGUCUCACAGUUAAAUAAAGGCCUGGCACAUUUCAGAAUUACUGUAAGAGAAUUCGGUAGCUGCUUUUAGACCUGGGAGGCUCCCUGUCCACCCAGUAUAUACUGGCAGUGUUUGGUCUCUGUCUUCUUCCCAGUAUCAAAGUGAGAACCAGAAGAGUUCAUGACUGUAAAUAUGUUCCUCGAACUUUUUUACAGAAGAAAACAUGCAUGAGGGCCAAUAAACCUAAUAAAAUGUCAACCCUGGUAGCAACUGAGCAAGAGCAGUAGGAAGGCUGCCAUUUUUGCCUAUCCAGAUUGCCAGUGUUGAGCCUUCACUGCUCUCCACACCUGGUGGAGGUUUCAUGCUACCCAGUGCCAUGGGGCAGCAGGUUCUUCAUCCAGCACUAAACAAGACCUGGUUCACUUGGGCCAGAAGGCAGGUAACCAAGGCUCUGCUAAAUGAAAAUUUAAUUUUCCUAAUCUUGGUGUCGUGCCACAUGCCUAUAAUACUAGCACUUGGGAGGCUGAGGCAGGAAGAUCAUAGGCCAGCGUGAGCAUUUUAACCAGUUCACUAUUUCAACAAACAAAGCCAGGCGUGAUGGUGCACACCUAUGAUCCUAUCACUUAGGAUACUGAGGCAAGAGGAUCACCAUGAA